AUGCAACCACAAGCAGGAGCCAAUGCAGGUGCCGAGACAUCGACAGGACGGUCUCAGAUCAACGCAAUCGAAAUCACAAAACAAGCAGCCGAUUUGGGGCUGGUGAAACUCGGUGAAUGCGAAACUUUGGCUAUAAGAGAUGUGGUGAAGAGCAUGGUUGACCGUCGCCGAACAAUUACUCAAGCAGAGGGCAAUGUAUUUGCAGACGAGAUAUUUGAGAACGAGUUCGAUUUCGACAAUGGGGAUGAAUCUGGGGAGGCACAUAUAGAGGCAUAUUUAAAAAGGAGUGAAGAGAUACGCAACGAGAUCUCUGAUCUGAUUUGGAAUCUACAAUUCGAUCGUACUUUCGCGAGAACUAUGUCCCAUCUCCUCCCUUUGAAUUAUGACUCUUGGAAAGAGAAGAUUAUAACACCGACAAGUAUACGAAAGAGAAGGUGUAUGAGGAGAAUAAAACGAGUUGAAAGUGCAGGUGGAUAG